GAAAAUCACACUACGCCGUCUCUCUCUGUACCAUCACUCCUCUUUUCACGCUCCUGGUCUGCUCUUCAAAGGUCACACGGUGUAUUGCAGUCAUGUCUGAAGGACCAAAAAAGGCCAAAUCCAAGUACUCAGCAACACGCAGACUUCUGCUGAAGAGCAAACUGCUGAAAAAGGCAGAAAGCUUGCUGGUGAAAGAAAAAGAGCAGAAAGAAGUGGAGAGAGAACACACCCUGAGGGAGAGAGCGCCGCCCCUCAAUCUCUCAGGCCUGUCGGUCCAAGAACUAAAGGAACUUUGUAGAGAUUUGCACCACAAGAUUGACAUUGUGGAUGAAGCGCGGUAUGACCUCAAUAUAAAAGUCGCCAGAAAUGAUGCAGAGAUUCUCUCAUUAACCCAGAAGAUCUAUGAACUGAAAGGAAAAAUGAAGCGGCCGAACUUGAGAAGGGUGAAGAAGUCGGCGGAUGCCAUGCUGGGAGCGCUCACAGACACCAGAGUCAUGAAAGCUGACUUCAAAGCCAACCUCAAAACAGUUAAAAAGGAAGAAGAAAAGAAGGAAGAGGUCACAGACUGGAGGAAAAACGUGGAGGCGAUGUCAGGCAUGGAGGGCAGGAAGAAGCUUUUCAAUGCCGGACAGUAGACGACGGCGAGAAAAGAGGUUGCAAAUGAUAAAGGGGCAUUGGCAUACAAAGCUCAUGUUGUUUGUUUGAAUUUUAAUCACCUUCAACAUUUUAUGGUAAAUUAUUCAUUUAUUCUGUCAACCAGCUUUGGCUUCCAUGCAACAUUAAAGGAAUAGUUCACCCAAAAUAUUUUGAAAAUGUACUCAG